AUGUCAUUUUUUAAGUUGAUAACUCCUAAGGCAUUUGUGGAAUUGGCCCAAAAGGAAACCUCUCGUCGUGUUAUACCUGUGGAUUCUACAUGGUAUUUGCCCAACCUUAAUCGUAACGGUAAGCAAGAAUUUCUAACCUUGGAUCGUAUUCCAAAUUCCGUCUUCUUUGAUAUUGAUGCUGUUAAAGAUGUGAAUUCUCCGUACCCACACAUGGUUCCAGACUUAGCCACUUUUAACCAAUCAAUGAGUGAAUUAGGUUUACAGAGAAACGAUGUGCUUGUGGUUUAUGACAGAAUUGGUAACUUUAGUGCACCUCGUUGUGCAUGGACACUAGCUGUCUUUGGUCACCCUUCAGUGUAUUUGCUCAACAAUUAUAAUCUGUACAAGAAGUUGGGGUACCCAGUGGAAAACGACAAGAGAACUAAAUGGUCAGAACUGGGUCCAACUGAGUACAAAUCAGAUAUAGAUCUUUCCGCACAAAAGGUUAUUGGCUACGAUGAGAUGUUGCAAUUAGUCACUUCUGGUGAAUUGUCUAAGCGUUUUAACGUUUUUGACGCCAGAACAGUAGGAAGAUUCGACGGUUCAGCACCUGAACCGAGACCAGAAAUGUCUUCUGGUCAUAUAAAAGGAACACAACCACUUCCCUUUGGAGAACUACUCGAACAGGACUCUGGUGCGUUCCCAGAAUCUCCAGAACUAAUGAAAAAAAGAUUUGAUGAAGCUUUAGCUAAAUUAAAGGACAACUACAACCCAUCUCUGCCAACGAUCGCCAUGUGCGGAACCGGUGUGACCGCUUGCAUCGUCAUGGCAGGACUUGAACACGCAGGCAUUAGAGAUGUAAAGCUCUACGAUGGUUCAUGGACCGAAUGGGUGAUGAGAUCUGAUCCUAAGUUGAUCACCAAGGGUAGAGACUAG